GAAGAUUCACACAAGUAGGUGACAGGCGAACCGCUCAACGUACAGCUCGGAAUUCGCUCAUUUGUUACUAAUAUUAUUAUUAUUAUUUUUUUAUUAAUAUUGGUAAUGUGGGAAAUCACGGUGAUUUUCGUCUGCUGCGUCGCGGCCCAGGUGACAUCCCAUGAAAUCGACGUGAAGUGUCGGGAAAUGAACGGGUUUCCACAAGACAGUUCUGUGGCGUGUCCAUCUGCUCUGGCGGAACUGAAAGUGGAGCUGGUGAUGGUGGAAGAAACGGGCAUGCUGAACAUAAGCUGGGCCAUCAACAUUGAUGCUAGCAUCCCUUACCUCAACGGCACUCGGAUUGGAAUUUCAGGAGACUCAUCAUACCUCUGUGAAUACAUACCACCUUUGAAAGAAACAAGACUCACGGACCAGACAUGGUUUCAUCAUUUAUUUGCUGCAUCACAUGGCUUCAACGUGAUAGAAGCUGCUAAUCUUCCUUUGCCUCCGCUGAAAAGCAAUUACCCUAACAAGAGUGCCAUUAUCAUGAUCACUGAAAAACAACUACAGAAAAGAAGAACUACAGCGCCCCCUGAAGUAACCACAGCUGCAGUCAGUACUGAACCGCCUCCCUCAGAGGUUGCAGACCAGGAGGGGCCAUCUGGAGUUGUCGUUGUGUGCAUUUUGGGAGGAGUGGUCAGCCUACUCGUGCUCCUGAGCUCCUGCUAUGCAAUCAGCAGAUGUUGUGGAUCCAGCAACAUGCCAUUCUUAGGUUUUAAAAAACUGCCUGAGACUCAUGAGGCUAUGAUCCCUGUCCUUGUGGUGUACCCUGCCGAGAAUUCUGCUUUCCAGCGGGCCGUGGUGGAGCUGGCAGAGUUCUUGCAGUGGCAUGGCGGCUGCAGGGUGGCAAUCGACAUGUGGCAGCAGGGAAAGAUUGCAGAGCUGGGGCCGCUGCGUUGGCUGGCAGAACAGGCCAAGGCUGCAGACCACGUGCUCAUUGUCUGCCCACAGGUAGAAACGCCCUCUUCCCAGCCGAGCCACUCUCCCCCCAGCCUCAGUGCCCCAGAACCCUCCAUCCCGGCUGCGGCUCACGACCUUUACCCUCUGAUUCUCAACAUGGUGGCCAGCCACGCCAAGAACGCCAGCGAGCUGGCAAAGUUCCGGGUGGUGCAGCUGGGCGAGCAGCGGAACAAGAAGCCUUGCACCCUGCCCGCGGAACUGAGGGCGUGCAAGACUUUUUGCUUGAUGAAGGAUCUGAACAAGCUCUGCAAGAGUCUCCGCGCUCAGAGGCGGGACGACAAGGAGACAUUAGCUCUGAUGCUCAAACCAGGGGUUUCCCACACUGAAAAGAAUACAGUGAAGUUGAUGGAAGCCAUAAGAAUGCUAAGGGAACACCAGUCGAGCAUUUCCAGAGAGUCAGCAUUGGCCAGCAUUGUUUGAACAUUAUUGCACAAGUGACUUCUUAAUAGCUUGAGCAGAGGCGUGGCAUUGGGAUCAGUAUCACGUUGUCACAUGUUAAUUUACCUGGUUGAGAGGCGAAUGUGCAGGGGACCAAAUGGGACAAAGUGCAAUGGCGGGAAAAAAAAAAAAAAAAAAAAGUAGAAUCUACAUUAUAUGAAUAAUUCUGGAAAACGCAGCAUAUCCUAAAAGUGAAAGUUUUAGUAUGAACAGCAGGAUGUAGGACUAGUGUAAAUAUGUGGUGAGUCUUGGAGUUAUUGAGCAAUGCUCCUAUUAAAUUUCCACUAAAGGUUCAUGAAAAUAUGUAAACUGGUGCUUUUAGUGACAUUAUAGUGAAUAUGGAAUGGAGUUACUGAGUACACAAUAAAGAUGCAUGGGAUUUACCAAAAAUCUGCGUUUUCUAAACGGUGUUCUGUAGUAAAAGCAACAAGAGGUUUUUGGGUGUCUGUGAUUAUUUUUCCCAUUCUGAUUGAGGGUGAAAUUACUGAAUAUUUCUCUAGCUGUUGCACUUUGUAGACGGUCCCUCUGCUGUGUAUACAUAGAGACCCAUUGACUUGUUUGUACAGUCAAUGAUAGAGACCAGACUAACUCGAUUUGAUGAAAACUGCUCUUUGUAGCUCAUUGGACAUUGAACCACAAGAGGAAUCAAUAGCCUCCUCUGUCAUGUUCCACUUUAUAACGUGGCACUGACUCGUUUUUCUUUUUCUGCCGUGGCAGCUGCGUGCUUCCAUAUUGGACACGUGUCUCUGUCAGUGUGUUGACAUAUGAUUUGUAAUGAUAUUAAAGUUGCUUAUUUUAAAUGCAA